CGGCUUCCGUUAGUAACACUCCGCUUAUCCAAUGAAACAAACAAACAAACUGCUAGAAUUCGGCGUUUCAAUACACCAACGCCAAUAAGCGCUCAUUUCAUCCUGCCCCUCUGCUUCUUUCAUCACCAGCAGCGACGGUGCGCCCCCCGGCAAUGAAAAAGGUCAAGUCACAGGCCGCCUCUUGCUCUCUAGACACCAACAAGAACGGCCAGCAUCGCCCCCACUUCUACCCUGAUGCGGAUGAAGACCCUUCUCCCGCUAACGCCGAGGAUCUGAACAACGCCGUCGCUUCUACUCUUCGAGCGCCCGCUUCCAAUUUGUCUCGCAAGAAGGCCACUCCCCCCCACCCCGCCAAGAAGCUAGUCAUUAAGCUCGUCAAAGCAAAACCAACUCUGCCCACAAACUUUGAAGAAAACACCUGGGCAACACUAAAGUUUGCUAUUAACGCAAUAUUCUUGAAACAGCCUGAUCCAUGUGACUUGGAAAAACUCUAUCAGGCUGUCAAUGACCUUUGUCUGCACAAGAUGGGAGGAAGUCUAUAUCAACGGAUUGAAAAAGAAUGUGAAACACACGUAGCUGUGGCAUUACAUUCUUUGGUUGGCCAAAGUGAAGAUCUGGCAGUUUUUCUAUCACUUGUUGAGAAAUGCUGGCAGAACUUCUGUGACCAAAUGCUGACUAUUCGUGGCAUAGCAUUGUAUCUUGACAGAACAUAUGUGAAACAAACCCCUAAUGUGUGUUCCUUGUGGGACAUGGGGUUGCAGCUCUUCCGUAAACAUCUUUGUCUUGCUUCUGAAGUUGAACACAAAACUGUCUUUGGCCUUCUACAGAUGAUUGAAAGUGAGAGAUUAGGUGAAGCAGUUGAUAGAACUCUUCUUAACCAUCUACUGAAGAUGUUUACCGCAUUAGGAAUAUACCCUGAGACCUUUGAGAAACCAUUCCUUGAACAUACUUCUGAAUUUUAUGCUGCUGAAGGUGUGAAGUACAUGCAACAGGCAGACAUUCCAGAUUACCUGAAGCACACAGAGUUGAGAUUGCAUGAAGAGCAGGAAAGAUGUUUGCUCUACCUGGACGCAAGUACAAGAAAGCUACUGAUAGCAACUGCAGAAAGGCAAUUACUUGAGCGCCAUAUCUCUGCCAUUCUUGAUAAGGGUUUCAAGACACUAAUGGAUGGAAAUCGCACUGAGGAUAUCAGAAGGAUGUACAUACUUUUCUCAAGGGUUAAUGCCCUUGAAUCUAUAAGGCAAACACUUAACUUAUACAUCCGAAGAACUGGACAGGGCAUUGUCAUGGAUGAAGAAAAAGACAAAGACAUGGUCUCCAGCCUAUUAGAAUUUAAGGCAUCGCUAGAUAAAAUAUGGGAGGAAAGCCUUGGCAAAAAUGAAGCCUUUAGUAAUACCAUUAAGGAUGCAUUUGAGCAUCUCAUAAACCACCGUCAGAAUCGGCCUGCAGAGCUGAUUGCUAAGUUUUUGGAUGAAAAACUUCGUGCUGGGAAUAAGGGUACAUCGGAGGAGGAGUUGGAGGGAACACUUGACAGAGUCUUGGUUUUAUUCCGUUUUAUACAGGGUAAGGAUGUCUUUGAAGCAUUUUACAAGAAAGAUCUCGCGAAAAGGAUAUUGUUGGGAAAAAGUGCUUCCAUAGAUGCAGAGAAGUCCAUGAUUUCUAAGUUGAAGACGGAGUGUGGUAGCCAGUUUACCAAUAAACUUGAAGGGAUGUUUAAGGACAUUGAACUAUCAAAAGAGAUAAAUGAGUCUUUCAAGCAAUCAUCCCAAGCCAGGGCAAAACUCCCCAAGGGAAUUGAGAUGAGUGUCCAUGUACUAACCACUGGGUACUGGCCUACAUAUCCGCCUAUGGAUGUUCGACUUCCCCAUGAACUCAAUGUGUAUCAGGAUAUUUUCAAGGAGUUCUACCUAAGCAAAUACAGUGGCAGGCGUUUAAUGUGGCAAAAUUCGUUGGGUCAUUGUGUCCUGAAAGCGGAUUUUCCAAAAGGUAAAAAGGAACUGGCUGUUUCUUUCUUUCAGACUGUUGUUCUGAUGCUCUUCAACGAUGCGGAAAACCUCAGCUUCCAAGAUAUCAAAGAAGCAAGUGGUAUUGAGGAUAAAGAAUUAAGGAGGACUUUACAAUCCCUAGCAUGUGGGAAAGUGCGGGUCCUCCAGAAGAUGCCGAAAGGAAGAGAUGUGGAGGAUGAUGAUACCUUUGUAUUCAAUAGUCAGUUCACUGCUCCACUUUAUCGUAUUAAGGUUAAUGCCAUCCAGAUGAAAGAAACUGUUGAGGAAAACUUGAGCACCACAGAAAGAGUAUUCCAAGACCGCCAGUAUCAGGUCGAUGCUGCAAUUGUUAGGAUAAUGAAAACCAGGAAAGUCCUCAGUCACACUCUUUUAAUAACUGAGCUCUUUCAGCAGCUUAAGUUCCCAAUAAAGCCAGCAGACUUGAAGAAGAGGAUCGAAAGCCUGAUAGACAGAGAGUACUUGGAGAGGGAUAAAAGCAAUCCUCAGAUAUACAAUUACCUUGCCUAGACUAGGCCUUUUCUCAUGUGAUUUUAUUUUCAAAUUUUCGAUUCGAACUUCAAUAGUUCUAUGGCAGGCAGGCGGGCAGGUGUUCUACCCACCCAAGAUGAUGUGUACAGAUACAUGCUCCGUCUUUUAUAUGUAUUAACCCAACUACUGUGUAAAUCAUACUUGAGAUGACUGUACCAACUCAUAUCUGUAAUUAUUAUGACAAUCAUGCCUGGAAAUGCCUUGUGGAUUGGAAUUACCACUCUUUGGUAAUAUGUAUGAUUUGUGAGCAAGA